AUGACACCACUAUGUAAGUUUUUUGCAAACGGUUACUGCAGAAAUGGAGACUCUUGUAACUUCAUCCAUGACCCAAACACAAGCACUAUACAAGACCUCGCACCCGUAGCUUCACUCUUAUCGACCACGGAAAAGCUCAACCUCAACUUAUCAGCUGUGGCUUCUCGCAAUGAGGAGGCCAAACCCGUUCAAACAUGCCGUUUCUUCUUGCAAGGAAGAUGCAAUAAAGGCAAAGGGUGUCGAUACAAUCACGACCCAACCAUACCGUUGCCGCAACAAUCCCUUCUUGAGGUAGCAUCCGUAGAUUAUCCUCAAAUACCAAUCGAUACUCGGUCAAUUGUUCGUUGCAAAUUCCUGUCGAGUCCAGGAGGUUGCCAAAACAAUCUUUGUCCAUAUCUGCACUCUGUGUAUGAUUCUGGUGUGGAAAAGAAAGCGACUGGUGAAGAGGAGGAUGAAGAGCAGGCGGACGACUUCAUUCGGAAUCUUUUAGGAGCGACGGUCUACUUCGAUGAAGUUGGCCACAUUCAGAAAGUCUCCUUCCCGACUGACUUCUCACUUGCAUGCAUUACUGGGUUUGUCCGAGAAACCACCCCCGAGGCACUCAUUAAUACUCUUCGCGGAUUCGGCUUUAACAUAACUGUCGAUUGCGUCCGUAUCCUUCGGCCCACGGCAUCAUCGGAACCGAAGACAACCGUGAAAGUAGAAGACCCGCUCUUUGCUAGAGAGCUGACUUUGAGGCUCGAAAAUCAGAGGUCGACCCUCAGGGCAGUUCCAGUGCCCGUCAAUUCUCAGCAGACAAAUUGCAGAAAGGUGUACAUAUCCUGGCACAAAUCUACUCGAAGUGUGUGGGUCAAUUUCGGCAGCAGUGAAAUAGCGAACAGAGUUGCGCAGAAAAUUAAUGAAGCUUGGACCAUAGUCCUGAGUGAUGUGCCCAGCGAUGCGACUCCUAAAGACGUUGAGGAGAGUAUCAAGUCCCCUUAUGACAAGCCCCGACACAUUAAGCUUGGACCAAUUAGUUAUGAAGCUUCUGAUGCAGAGGUCAGCGUUGUCGUCAGGUCCUCCCUGGAAAAGCAUGGUCCACUCGAGAGCUUCUACCUCGCCCCCACAAACAAGGGAAAGCGGGUGAAAGCCACGGCUUUGUUUGCAGAUGAAGCAGACGCCAGAUUGGCACGCUCGCUAAACAACUGCCCCAUUAAUAUUUUAAAGAAGGGUAAGUUGACCGUCGCUAUUAUCCAGUCGGCCAAAAUCAAGGUUUCUACCGCUGUCUACACUGCUACAAAGGGCGAACUUGAUGCGGAAAGCAAGACUUGGGAAGAGCAGCACCUGCGGCUUCACAUUUAUCAAGAUGCUGUAAAGCGGUUCACGACAUUAAAGAUUGAGGGCAGCAGUACGCAAGAUAUAGCUCAUGCGCGCAACACGCUUGAUCGGAUUUUGAGCGGCAUUGUAUUGAAGGAUGGGGAGAAUAUAGUCUGGGAUCCAUCGUUCAGCAGUAAUGGGAGAGCAUAUAAGAGGUUGAAGUCAAUCGAGAAGGAACUCCAUAUCCUCAUCGUAAGGGACAAAAUAAGGCGCCAGCUGCAGUAUUAUGGUGCUUCCGAAACUGUCCAGUACGCCGUUCAAGAGAUCGUCGUGCUGAAAGAAGAAUUUUCUAAGAACCUUGACAUAGAGAAGGAUCAGCAUCAUACAGAUUCGGCAAUUGUGAGUGGGGGUCGUACUCUUGAAAUCCGCUCCUCGCUGGCUGCCUUAUCUACACCUGACGGAAACUGCCCAAUCUGCUUCGAUGAUCCCGAUACACCAGUUAGAACCUUAUGUAAGCACACGUACUGCCUCGAAUGCUUUGAGAAUUGCUGCACAUCCGCCCCCUCGACAAGCACAAACGGGUUUCGAAUCCAGUGCUAUGGCGACGGAGGGAAUUGCCCAGGGGUUUUUACUCUAGCGGAGUUGAAGGACCAUCUCUCCUCGACCGCCUUUGAAUCCGUCCUUAAGUCAUCCUUUGAUGAAUACGUUCAGUGCCACCCUAAAGAUUUCCACUACUGUCCAACUCCGGGUUGUGGCUAUGUCUACCGCUGCACGUCGGCCUCCAACUCGAAGCCUCCAGCACACACCUGUCCAAACUGUUUGGAGCUCCUAUGCACUUAUUGCCACGCGCGGCAUGGCGACUAUACAUGUGCAGAAUACAAAGACAUUGAAUCAGGUGGUUACGAGGCGCUAGAGAAGCUAAAGAAAGAACUUAACAUCAAAGAUUGUCCUAAUUGCAAGACACCAAUGGAAAAGACAGAGGGGUGCAAUCAUAUGACUUGCGGAGGCUGUAAAGCGCACAUUUGCUGGGUUUGCAUGGCACUCUUCGAAACAAGUGGUCCUUGCUAUGCGCAUAUGACCGAGCAACAUGGUGGCAUCGGCCUUCAAGAACUCAAUCGUCUGGUGAAUUGGUGA